AUGAAAAUCUUCGAGGAGGAGAGAUGUAAGGCAACGUUGCAGAUGGAUGUAGAUCCGGCGGGUCUGGCCGGACCGACGGAUCCGGGGGUAUCACAAUCAACGUCUUCGGUGACUCCCGAUCUGGCCGAACCGAGGAAGACAGGGAGCGGUCUGGUGGCUCAGCCCGAUUUAAGAUCAUAG